GAGCUCCGAGGGACGUGCCCGGAGUGGGGAAGCGGAGCGAUUCGGGGGGCGAGCCUGCCCGAAAUGUGGGGAGCGCCGGCCGCCCCGCGGGGCCACCCCGCUCCCCCCUGCUUGCUGCCGGUGACCUGGCUUCUGGCGCUGCACGCAGGUCUGCUGGCAGGAGUGAACAUCACCAGCCCCACGCCGCUGGUCCGUGGCACGGCGGGCAAGGCGGCGCUGCUGUCGGUGCGCUACGCCAGCGCCAGCGCCGACAAGCCGGUGGUCAAGUGGCAGCUGAAGAGGGACAAACCCGUCACCGUCGUCCAGUCCAUCGGCACCGAGAUCAUCGGCAACCUACGGCCCGACUACCGCGACCGCAUCCGGGUGCUGGAGAACGGCUCGCUGCUCAUCAGCCCCCUGCAGCUGGCUGAUGAAGGCGCUUACGAGGUGGAGGUGUCCAUCACCGAUGACACCUUCACCGGCGAGAAGACCAUCAACCUCACCGUGGACAUUCCCAUCUCGAAGCCACAAGUGCUGGUGGCCUCCUCAACGGUGCUGGAGCUCAGCGAGUUCUUCACCCUCAACUGCUCGCACGAGAAUGGCACCAAACCCACCUACACCUGGCUGAAGGACGGGCGGCCGCUGAGCAACGACUCCCGCCUGCUCCUCUCCCCCGACCAGAAGAUCCUCACCAUCACCCGCGUCCUCAUGGCUGACGACGACGUCUACAGUUGCCUGGUGGAGAACCCCAUCAGCCAUGGCCGCAGUGUCCCUGUGAAACUCACGGUCUACCGCCGGAGCUCUCUCUACAUCAUCCUGUCCACAGGAGGCAUCUUCCUUCUCGUCACCCUGGUGACAGUUUGUGCCUGCUGGAAACCCUCCAAGAAGGAGAAGCGACAAGCGGAGACACAACCGGCCUCCGACUACACCGAGCAGGAUGAGGAGCGCCUGAAGCAUGAGGCCGAGGGCAUCCCACGGAGCGGCGACCACGAGCGCAAAAACCCAGUGGCCUUGUACAUCCUCAAGGAUAAGGACUCACCAGAGGCAGAGGAGGAUUCACCACCCGAACCCCGCGGCACAGUUGAACCGGGUUACACCAGCUCGCCGGUACCAGCGGCCGGUCGCUCGCCGGGGCCGGUGGGGCGCUCGACUCGUCGUUACCAUCGCUCCCCAGCCCGCUCGCCCGCCUCCACGCGGACCCACAGGUCACCGCCGGGUUCGCCAGCGCGCUCCCGCGGCGCUCCGCGGCUGCUGCGGACUGCGGGCGUCCAUGUCAUCCGGGAGCAGGAGGAGGCCAACGCCGUGGAGAUCAGCGCCUGAGCAGGGGGGACUGUGCGCGCUUCGGCGGCGGCGUGCGACAAGCGGGGACACUGGCACAGCCCCGCUUCCGCCACCGGGCAUCAUUCCACUCGGCGUAAAGUCACUAAUUUCCUAUUGAUCCCACCUGGAGCUCCCCUCUUCCGUCCCCCGUUUUCCUGGGGCGUCGCUUUAAUGGCUUUCUCGCCGGGAUGAGUGUGCAGGGAGCGUGCAGGAAGCACACGCGUGUGCAGAGAGAACAUGCGAGCAGUGCACAGAGAGAGCAUGAGGGAGGGUGUGCACGGAGCGUGCAGAGAGAGCGUGCAGGCAGAGCACGGAGAGAGCGUGCAUGGAGCGUGCAGGAGAGCACAGAGAGUGCACACAGGGGCUGCACGGGGGCAGGCAUGAGGGUGGGCAGCGAGUGUGCACGCAGUGUGCGGGGAGAGGAUGCCCAGAGUGUGCAAGAGAGCGUGUGGAGCACAUGCAGAGAGCACACACAGAGCACACAGCUAGACUGCACGGAGUGUGAGCGGAGCGUGCACGGGGUGUGCAGGUAAGACCAUGCACGGCAUUUCCAGGCAUGCCAACACUGGGGGUGUUCUCCGAGCGCGCACAGAGCACGCAGAGACCAUGAGUGUGCAGAGAGAGUCCGUGCAGAGUGCACAUGGAGCACAUGGAGAGAGCAUGCACACAGGAUUUGCAUGGAGAAUGCGGCGAGUGUGCAAAGAGCGUGAGGAGAGAGGGUGUGUGCAGCACUCGCACAGAGCAGCCACCGAGUGUGCUUGGCACGCGGGGAAAGGUGUUUGUGCACGACGUGUGCAGCUGAGUGUGCUCAGAGCGUGCAGGAGCACACAGGGGAGCACACGCACGGCACACCCAGAGACCCAGUGCACACGCGUGUCACCUGCCGUGGCACACCCCCCCCAAGCGUGGAGCAGGGCAUGCACUGGCACACAACCUCGCCCAAGCGCACACAUGCACAGAGGUAGCCUAAAUAGGGGAUCCCUCCUGCCCCCCCAGCUCCCUGGAUGCACCGUCCCCCAAAUGUGGGCUGGAAGCCCUGGCCCGAGCGCUGCCCCUCCACUGCACCGGCGUUUUCUGUGAAAAUACCCCGGUUUUGGGGCACACGCUGUCGCCUUCCCCCCCAGGCCUUCCCAGGAAAUAGGUUUAGGAUGAAAAGCAGAGAGCGGCCGGCCAAGCGAGCUGGGCCCUGGGGCACCCGGGGUGGGUGCCGGGGCACCCUGGAGUGCUCAGGGUGCACUACUAACCAAUAAACUAAACAUACUACCCGGCCA